AUGGCGGCUGCUUCCGACGCUUCCACCUCCAAAGCCUCCCCCACCUUCAAGUCACACACCAUGGGCAAUACCAACCGCGACAAUAUCUCCCGCUACGAGACCACCGCCGUAUACACGCACCCGGACGCCGAGGUCGACAUCGUCCUCGUACACGGCCUCAACGGCCGCCCCGACGCGACCUGGACCGCCGCCGACGGCACCUUCUGGCCGACCGACCUGCUGCCGGAGGCGCUGCGCGGGGUUCCCGCCAACGUGCUCGUGUACGGCUACAACGCCGACGUCUACUCGCGACAAAACGACCGCAGCGCCUCGGACAACUUCAUCCACCAGCACGCGCAGACACUCGUGACCAGCCUCGCGCUCUUCCGCCGCGGCGAGGGCCGCGCGCGCAACCCGCUCCUCUGGGUCGCCCACAGCCUCGGCGGCGUGCUCGUCAAGCGCGCGCUGCUCUACGCCGCCGACCUGCGCGCCGCCCACCACGACGACUACCGCGCCGUCUUCGUCUCCACCUACGGCCUCGCCUUCCUCGGCACGCCGCACACCGGCUCCGGCGCCGCCACCUGGGGGCGCGCCCUGCAGGCCAUGUCCGACGCCGUCCUGCCGCGCCGACUGUUCGACUCGGAGCCCGUGCUGCUGCGCACCCUCCGCAAGGACAACGAGACGCUCGCCAACAUCAACAGCCACUUCCUCGACGUCUACCAGCGCUUCCGCAUCCACAUGGUCCAUGAGAACCACAAGACCGACCUCAAGGGCACCAAGGCGCUCGUCGUCGACGCCAACUCGGCCAGCCCGCAGUUGCCCGGCGUCACCUACUACGGCGUCGAGGCCACGCACUCGCAGAUGUGCAAGUUCGCGUCCGCCAACGCUCCCGGGUUCCGCGCGCUCUCCACGGACAUCCGCCAGUGGGUGCUCGACGCGCCGGCGCUGAUCAGCCGGCGCUGGGCCGCCGAGGACGCCGAGCGCGUCGCGCGCCUCCGGAGCGAGCUAUCGGAGCGCAUGGCCACCGCCAGCUACCACUACGCCGCGUCCGUCGCCUCGUCCGUCGCCUCGUCCGACGCGCCGCCCAGCCCCGCGCCGGCGUACGUCGCCAUCGCCACGCCGCCGCCCGCCUACGAGGAGCAGCACUGCCUCUCGGCGCCGCCCUCGCCGCCGCAGUACUCCGCAGCGGCAACGGCGCCUGCCGCCUGCCACUGCCACUGCUGCCACGGGAGCGGGCCCCAGGAAGACAACGUCGCCGCCGUCGUUCGCGGCAUCACGGCGGCCGCGUCCAUCGCCUGCUCCGUCGCCGAGGCUGUCGUCGUGGGCGCCACGGACCUCGCCGCCGCCACCCUCUCGUCUUCGUUAUCGUCGCGAUGCUGCCCGCACGCCGCGACGUCGGGCCAGCGACACGGAGACUCGAUUCUGCCGCAGUUUGUUUGA